AUGGACAAUACGUGUCACAACCAAGACAACCCGAUGUAUGGCAUUUAUCAUUUUUUUGCCGCUCAUAGUAGAACUCACGACAUACGGGACAAAACCGACAUCCUGUACAAGACACGUAGCAGCAUCGACAAUCACGCUGCUUACAAUCAUUACGACACUUACAUUUGUUCCAACUCAUCUUCCCGCUUCCCUCCCAGUCCCCUCAACCUGCAAGCAUAUCAAUCACCUAGCAAAGCACUCACCAACUGCAACACUACCACUGCCGCUCCAGUCCCCUCAACCUGCGAACAUAUCAAUCACCUAGCAAAGCACUCACCAACUGCAACACUACCACUGCCGCUCCCAGUCCCCUCAACCUGCAAACAUCAAUCACCUAUGCAAGCACUCACCAACUACAACACGUACCACUGCCGCUCCCAGUCCCCUCAACCUGCAAACAUCAAUCACCUAUGCAAGCACUCACCAACUACAACACGUACCAGUGCCGUUCCAGUCCUUUCAUCACCACGUACCCUCACCGCUGUAUCCCCCCAGUCCAGGCCACCGACACCCACGCUGCCCAGGAUACCACGGCUGCCCUGA